AUGUGUCGACAUGGACGGCUGAUAUUCCCCAGUGACGAUGACCAAUGUGGUCAGGUAUGGCGAACUUGGAAGAAUUGCCAAGUCCUAGCCAAAGGACUCUUGGAAGAAUCUCAUUGUCUUCAGUCCAAAGACUUUGUUGCGAUUGAAGAUUGCAGCGAGUCUGCUUUGCCAUCAUCGACAACACUGACUCACAAUGCCGGCCCGGCCGAGAAGUGCUGUCAGUUGGGCAAGGAUGCAUGUGGCUCACUGUUGAGGGGUACAUUCAGCACAUUGGGUUCAGGCAAGCCAGUUGUCCUGGUGAUUGACCUGUUUGUGCACACAGGCGACCUGCUUAAGGCUUGCAUGAAGGAGCGAUUCAAUCCAGCAAUGUCUCUUCACAUGUUUUACCUUGGGUUCCAUGCAUCUCAACUGGAGGCUGAAUGGGCAAAGCAGCACCAUGUGGAGAAGCUAUUCGAGUCCUUCUUGAGCGAGGAGUACAAGCCCUUGACACCUCUCCCUGGCCCCCCGGAUCAGUUGGCUCAGCCUGGCCCUCAACAUCCUACUUUGAGUUUGCUGGCUUGGGGCACUGGCAAAGCAAAGGACACUUUGAAAACACCGGAUAAAGUCCUCAAAGCUUGGUGGGAUGGAAAUUUUGCUUCUGAGUUCAGGGCCUUAGUGGAGGAGGCAAGACAAAACCAUCAGCUUGACAUCAAGAUCGAUGAGAGCCAGAACGCUCAAACUCAAAAGCGCCGGCGGGUCAAUGCUGAAGGUGAGUCUGUGCCAGGCCAAAACAACAGCAGCUCUUCUAGCACGCCUGCAGCAGCCACAACCACAGAUGUGAAGGUGGUGGACGUUCCGGACAUUCCAACCCUUUGCUUUGAGUGCAAGGUCACUUCCAACCCGAGCCUUGUUCUGAAGGUCACUAUUGGCCAAGGUGUGUUCUUGGAGAAUUUGAUGGAUACUCCACAGGUGUUGAAGGCAGGAGUGGUUCUGUGUGGGUACUACAAAGGCAAGUUUUGGUCACCAGAUGGCAAUGGAGAGAAGCCAUGCGAGAAGUCGGAUGUCUUGUUCCGAUUGGAGUCCAGUAUGGACCAUGUGAUGCUCAACUCGAAGUACCUGAAGGUCUCUGAAGUGAUUAGGGAGAAGCGCAAAUUGACACCAGCGGACGCUCAUGUGGCCUAUCAUGAACUGCAGGAUUCGCCGACACCUACUGAUGCAUCUGCAUUCAACUUGGUGCCCAAGAAAAUGGAUGUCUUCUUCAAGAUCUCGGACUUUCCUGCAGUGAAGCAAGAAGAAGAUGGUCAGGAUAAGUUGAUGAUUCCUUCCGCUCACUUGGCUGGAACUGUGCCAUCAAAGGUGUGGCAAACAAGUGAUCUUGCCAAGGUCACUUGGGCUGUGAAAUGGCCUGCAGUGGCUUCAAAAGGUCUACAACCUGUCAGGCCAAUGAUCGUCUGCGCAAAGGACAUUACUGUUCCGCCAAAGCAAGCUGUGGAAGUUGUGAAGCCUAGCACCUGA